AUGGAUCUCUCGAGACUCACUCGCCCGGCGAUCCUGUGUCAGUGCUUGCGCUGCUCCAGUUCUCUUGCCGCUUUGGAGAAUGAGUGGGCGAAGCUGUCCAACUCGUACUCGGUGGCGGCAGGCUGGUUGAGCGUUGAACUUCAUCGCAUCUCCAUCUCUUCUGAGAAGAAGCAGAUUCCGCAGUCAUCGGAUUUGAGUGUCCUGCGGGGCCGAAUUUUACAGGAUGUAUCCUGCAAGUUGUGUCAGCAGAGGCUGGGGGUUCUAUCGGAACUCGACAAUGGUCCGAAUAUCCUCUGGAAAAUGUCCAAAGUAUCGUUUAGGGAAAUUGUCACGAUGCGUACGGUCGAGCCCAUGUUCAAGGACGGGGCCUUAGAACAACUCCUCCACCCGACACCGAAAGAUUCAGGCACCAGACGCGAUCGACAGUCGAGUCAAGCAGGGGCGUUGAUACCGACUGGCUCCGCCGAACUCGACUACUACAACAGCUUGUCGGUCGAGCAACAGAUCCAGCACCAGGGCCUCAGCCUCGACCAUAUCUCGAGUUCUGUUAUCAACCUCCACGAUACCAUGUCCGAAUUGAAAGGCGCAUUCACGGCGCUUCGCAUCGAGCUCAAUACUCCCGGUCGGUCUCCCGAGCUAGGGACGCUCCCGGGCAACGACUUUAGCAUGAUCGCGACAGUAUUGAAGGAGUUGAGAAACAAAUCGGAUGAAAAUGACAAACUCAAGCUGGAAAACGAGGCACUGAAACUGAGGAAUCGGUAUAUGGAGGAACAAGCCACACGACAGCUGGUCCCCGUGCCUAGUGUCGAAGAAAUGCUGCCAGAAGUGCGAAGUCCGGGGCUGCUCCAAGCAGGCAGGAAACGUGGCUGGCCAGAGGCCUUCUCGCACGGCCACACGCAUCCCAUUGCCGAUUCUUUCGAUGAUAAUGACGACGACGAUGAAGACAGCAUGACGGGGUUUUCAUUGGCCACUCCCCAGGCGCCUCCAACGAGGGUCCCUCCCCAUCAGUCCACGGCAGCGCUAGAGCCCCAACAACCACAAGAAACCACCGAGUUCCGCAUUGAAGUUGGCCGGACCACACAUGCAGACAAUAGACACCACGGGAGCAGCCACAGAGUCUCUAGCCCACAACAGGCUCAACCGGUGGCCAAACGACCGCGUCUGAGCCAACCGGCGGACCGGCCCCCAUCCAACACAAACCCUGAGAGAAAGGUCGGGCGGCCCCGGAAAUCGCUCAACCCGACGUCGAAGGACACGCCCGAGACAUCCAAGCCUGCCGCUUCGAACGAGGCCAGCGGCCCCGGCAGCCAGGGAGAACGUGUGCCGCUCAACACGAGCCCUGAUCAGCGAAAUACGCGACCCGGGCGCUCCCGGAGCCUUCGCAAUCGCUCUCGGCCGCCAUCGCAACGAGAAUCCUCGUCGGCCCGGCUCGGAGCCAAGAACUCAUUCGAGCAGGACAUGGCGCAUACUCCGGGGGGCAGCGACCAGGAUCGAGAUGGGGGCGCAACCCAACCACCGAGCGAAUCGAGCAAGGAAAACCCGUCGGGCACGAAACGGAGCAGUGCUCCGGAAAAUGCCAACCACAAGGACGGGACUCACGAACGGCGCAAGUCACAAAUGGCCCAGCGGGAUCUGAUGGUACGAUUGGCUAUGCAACGGGAAGAAGCGAUGGAAACGGGGGAGGCUCGGUGA